AUGACGGACAAGCUCCCUCCCAACCUCCUCGCGCUCUUCGCGCCGCGCCCACCUCUCCGUUAUAUCCCUCCCUCGGAUCGCGCUCCAGAUGACAUUAAGAAAAGUACUAUUUCUGGUGUGGCGCAAUUUCUCGAUGAUUUGAAGAAAUAUGAUGAGGAGGUUCCUUAUCAUCCUACGGAAAGUUGGCUCCAGCGCAAGGCACGCUUGAAGGCGGAAAAGAAAGAGAAGCUGGAGCAUUACUUGACAGAGGAAGUCAAGAAUUAUGACCCUACCAAGGACCCGCAGGUUCGCGGAGACGCGUUCAAGACUCUCUUUGUUGCACGUCUCAGUUACGACGUGACGGAAUCCGAUCUGGAGCGAGAAUUCGGUCGCUAUGGUCCCAUUGAGAGGAUCCGUAUCGUCAGGGACCAGAACCCGAACCCGAAGAAGCCUCACCGAGGAUAUGCAUUUAUCGUGUACGAGCGUGAGAAGGAUAUGAAGGGUAUUUCCCCCGCCUGGAACCCUCUAUUUGACCCUAAUCCCCUCCCCCCGAAAAACAAUGGUCAAGCUGCCUACAAGGAAACCGACGGUAUUCGUAUCAAGGACAGACGAGUUUUGGUGGAUGUUGAACGCGGCCGUACGGUGAAAGGCUGGAAGCCCAGGCGCUUUGGGGGUGGACUUGGUGGCCGUGGUUACACGAAGGCACUGCCAGCUCGCCCACUGGGACCUGGCACAUUCAAUGCUCCCUCAGGACCUGGAGGCUAUGGAGGUGGUUUCCGUGGCGGAUAUGGCGGUAGGGGCUUUCGUGGAGGUUAUCGCAGCGAUCGUGGAUAUGGCCCUCCCAGGGGUGGCAUCGGAUACCAAGGUGGCCGUAAUGGCUUUGGAGGACAGCCUCCGCCGAACGCACCGUCAGGUCCUGGAGGUGGACGCGGUGGCUUUGCAGGGGGUAGAUUUGACCGUGAGCCCCGGGGCGCAACUGGUAGCAACCGGGAACCGGUAAGGCCGCGAGAGGGACAUAGCCUAAUGGAUCGCGAAAGACGUGAUCGCGAUAGGGAUAGGGAUCGAGACCGAGACCGAGACAGAUAUAUGGAUCGUGACGGCGAUCGUCGGGACAGAGACCGCGACCGCGACAGGUACGGCGGCCGAGACGACUAUUCCCGGAAGAGACACCACGAUGACGAUGGCUACGAUGACCCUCGUUCGAAACGCAGGUACUGA